AUUUGAGGUUGUUAUUUGGUAAAAAAUAUUUUGCAGACCCCACUUUGUUACUUCCCUGAAGUCCAACCAUAUCCACUCCUUCCAAUCCAAUCCCAUGUCUCUCUAUCUCUCACUGUGACAACCCGAGUUCUGCAGGAUACAAGCCGUUGCAUUUGCUUAAACCAAACAUUCAAAACUUCAACUUGAAAGAAACAACUUUCUUGAUCAAAUUUGUUGUCAUACAAUGCCAGGAAUCAUCCUAGUUUCAGUUCUGGAAUUCAUGGGGCUACCACAUGCAUUAGCUUCUUCGUCAAUAUGCAUAAAAGUUUCCAUGGGGAAAAUAGAGUACCAAAUUUGGGACAAGGGAGACUUCUCCUUUCCAUUAACAUCUCUUCGUGACAAUUUGAUUGUUACACUUCAGGAUGCUGAUGGGAUCAGAAUAUCUCAUGCAGGGGUUGAGAUCAAGUCUAUUGUGGAGAAAGGUCUUUGGGAUGACCUUUUUCCCCUGGAAGGAGGUGGUCACGUACAUAUGAAGUUGCAGUUUGUCCUCAGUGAAGAAGAACGUAGCCGAAUUCGUAUGAUGAGAGAAUCUGCAUUGAAAAAGAAACAAGAUGAGCUUCUCAAUAGCAGUAUUAGAACUUCACAGGGUGCUACUACUGCUUGUAGUAGUGUUGCAUCAUCUUUGGGCUUCAGGCAUGAGCUCUCAGAUUCUCAAAGAAGCCUCCUUCAAACUGAAGGAGUAAGUGUCAAAGAGGUAGCCUCCAAAGUGGUAUCAAAACCUCUUUCUUUCUGCAAGGGUGAGAAAUCUGGUGCUGAGAGCAUAAAAGGAAUUCAUCAUGAUCAAAAGCAGUUAACCCCAUUAAAUCGAUAUGAAGAGAUUUCAUCAACCAUUUCUGCGCCACAAGGAGUUGAUGUCCAUCUAAGUCACAAGGAACUAGUUGAGAGGAAUGAGAGCAAGUCAUUGCCUGCUGACUUUCCUACAGAAGCAAUUUCUUCCAAUGAAACUUCCUUAUUGUUGGGAGGUUCUCGAUUAGAUGUUGCUGCCUCAAACAAUUCAAUACCUCACAAUCUGGGGGAAGAUCGUGGUCAUAACAUUCAGAAGCAGAGUCAGCUAGGGAAAUCUCCUAGAAAUGUGAAGAAUAUGAUAAGUGCAUUUGAAAGUGGUCUAGCUCAGGAUAUGAGGUCUCCCAUCAAAUCACCACCAACAAGAUCUCAAUCAAAUAAGUCUAGAAUAGAGUUGAAAAGUCAACACUUAAAUGAAGGCAAGACACAAAUUACUAAGACUGAACAGUCAAUAUCAGGAAGAGUCAUUAAUCUUUUUCUUGCAGAAGAGUUGCAACAUACCCCAACAGAUAUCAGAAAAAGAGGAGAGCAAAUUAAUUUAUUUGGUGCUUCAGAUAGGAGUAAAUUAUCUCAGGACACUGGACAGUUAGAGGAGUUGAACACAGAGAAAUUUCAGAUAUUAGGAACAAAUUCAAGUCUUAAGAAUAAAUUCAAUGUAGUUCAAAAAGAAGUCGCUAGAGAGGAAGAGAAAUCUCAUCAAGAUUUGAUGAGAAUAUCCACAACUGAAACGGCUACAGUAUCAUGGAGAAUCCUUGAUGAGUAUUCAGGUGGACACCCUCUUAGUUUGUUCACUGGCAAGCAAGAUUCUUGUGGCAAUCCAGUUAUAGAGGAGAGUAGAAGGGAAAUUCAAUUUACAAAUUUACAAGAAUUCAAUAUUCAAGGAGCUUCAACCCAUAAACUGGAAUCAGUACAUUAUUGUGAAGAUAAUCAUUACUUAUUUAAAAGCUCUGGUGCCUGGAUAUUUCCAGAUGAAGCAAGACGGCUGUGUGUGACAACUGGUGGUAAAAAAGUCAUGGAUCUAAUGGGAGGUUGCAGUACUAAGCCAAAGGUCCAUCAAGGAAAUGUGAAUCUUUCUAUGCAAGAAAAUAUGGAGAAGCAUAGUGUGGACGCCAGAACUGUUAUUAAGGCUGAUAAAGACAAGAAGGAUUGCCAAAAAAUAGUAAAAUCAAAACCUGAGAAUUCAGAGGAUAUCGAAACUUCUGGAGGACCAGUGGGACAGGCAAUAAAAGUUGCAAUCAUGCUAGGAUUUGGAAUACUUGUUCUCCUAACUAGAAAAAGAAAUUACAGAUAGAAGAUUCUGUUAAUAAAUGUAACAACCAUCAUGCCAAGGGACUCUUUUGUAUCCAAGAUGUUUUACAAAUCUUCUCUCCAUUUUUUUCAGUUGAAAGUAAAUGUGGACAACCAGGCCCAACUGUAUUCAUGAGAAUUUUCUGUUCAUUACACUAAAUGUAAAAUGCUUCAAUGUAUUUUUCAAUGUCAAACACAAAUUUCUUUUAA